UAGUUAAAUAGCGGUUUUAUCUUGUUUACUAUCAAUUAUAAACACGUGUCCUCCUUCGAGGACAGCCUGGGCUUUAGAUAAGCAGAUUCACAGCCUUGUCAGUUUGCCUCAUUCCAUAUGUAGGAAUUGUGGGGGAAAAAACUCCCCUCUCUUUCUUGUCUGGCUGGAUUAGUUAGAAAAAUCUUUCCCUACCAUAAACUGCUCUACCAAGAGAUACCCUUUCUCCUCCCAGCCCUGCUUCUUGAUCCUCUUUAAUCCAAUAUGCCCCUGUGGAUUCCUGUCCCACGCCCCUCCUAUUCCCAGGCUCGGGAGAACCUUGUGAGAUCCCUGCCCCCUAACCUGAUCUGCUCCCUCACCUGUGGAGGUAAACUCUGCCGCUUCGAGGGGCCGGCUAACUGGAGCCUGCAACAGCAGGCCAUUCGAGGCAUUUACUCAGAAUGGGUGACGGGUGAUAUCGUUGCUAUGGCACGACCCUCCACCACACUGAUUAAGGAAUAUAAGAUUAUAGAGCAAUUCAAAGAGUUGAACAUCAAGUCCAUUAUUAAUAUGCAGGUCCAGGGGGAGCAUGCUCAAUGUGGACCCCCCUUGGAACAAGAGAGUGGGUUCUCGUAUGUACCACAGGUCUUCAUGGAAAAUGGAAUCUAUUUCUUUAACUUUGGCAUGCCAGAUUUUGGGGUGUCAUCCCUCAUUCGGAUAUUAGAUUGGGUGAAAGUGUUCGCGUUCGCUUUGAAGGAGGGGAAGGUGGCAGUGCACUGCCAUGCAGGGCUGGGACGAACAGGAGUCCUUAUAGCCUGUUAUUUGAUUUAUGCCACUCGAGUGAAUCCAAGUGAGGCCAUCCACUUUGUUCGGGUAAAACGGCCCUCCUCCAUACAGACCCAAUCUCAGAUUGACCUAGUCUUUGACUUUGCCUGCUUUCUUGCUCCUCACUUAAUCAUGUAUGCCAAUGUGAAUGCCAAAACGUACGCCUUCACCCUGGAGCAGUACCUCAUUCGACAGAAGCAUAUCCUCCAUGGGUACGAAGCACGGAACCUAAAGCACAUCCCCAAGAUUGUUGACUUCACCUGUAAGAGACUGAUUAUGAUUGUGCUAAACAAAGCAGACAGCAGUGUCAUGCAGUCUGAAGUUGAAAGGGAAUCCUUCAUGCACAACUUAACUCGUUUGAUAAGACAGACACUGGUCAGGCAAACAUUUCUCCAUAUCACCAAUCUGCUGAAAGACCCCGAUAACAGGCUGACCCCCUCCACGAGUUCAUCUAUUUCUUGGGGGGAAAAAGAGGGGUUCAAUAAGCGGAAGAGGGAAGUUCUUAAGAACAAGAGAAGCUACAGUGAAUCAGACCUCAGUAAGAUUGCAGCCCUGGAGAAGAAUAAGCACAUGAAGAUUCCUCCACAAGAGAGCAAUCAGCGUAAUUCUCCAGUGCUGAGAUGUAAAGAUGUGAACAACUCUGCUGUGAUGGGAUGUGAAACUUUAAAUAAGGACUCUCCAGGCCUAGGACAUGAAAACUUAAAUAAAGACCUGACCACUUCAAAUUUAAAAACUGAAGAUGCUCCAACAGCAGUGACUGAAGACAUGAGCAGUGACUCAGAUGGCACCAUAAAGUCUGAGAAAACAUUUACUAGUACAAUUGAGGAGUCUCCAAAUGAAGAAGGGAGUCCAGAUCUUGGGACAGUAUCUCUUUCACAGGCCGUUGCUAUAGCAAUGGCAGAGCUGGAACCAAUAGGAAAUGAUAUUUUGAAGGAAAUCCAACGGAAGCAGAAUGACUUGAAUGAGAAUGAAGGUGCCUGGGGAAUGCUGGCUACAGAGACAGACCCUAAAAUCAUGAGUGCUUUAAUGUGGAGGUGGCUGGAACAGCUGAAGGAACCAGUGCUGAAGCCUGAGGACAUUGGACUGUUACUGUCAAACAGACAGGGUACUAAGACUAUAUGGGCACUGCAUAAGUAUCAGGGUGAGACUAUCUGCUGCAUCCUUGACUGUAUCAGUCAGCUUCCAAGCCUGAGCCCAAAGAUGGAAGAAGCUAUUAUAUGUCGUCUAAUUCGAGCCCUGACUCAGUGCUUGGAAGAAGAAGUUAAGACUUUAACUGGACUUCUUGAGCUCUUCAAGGCCAUCGUUAAGGAAAGACGCGCUCGUAAUUUAUUUACAAAAGGUCUUGCGAAAACCAGAAAUAUGUUGAAAGUGUCUUCCGCCAUGAAAAACAAACAGAACCCGUUAUGAUCCAGAGGACCUUAAAAGAAAAAGAAUUUCACAGUGCAGUCUUAAACAAAGGUCCCAUUGGCCUUUUUAUAUUUUAUGUGUGGUGUUUAAUGAUUUCCAUUGUGCAGGGUUACUCUAAAUCAGAGCUCAGAGGUGUUGUCGGUUUUCUGUGUUUCAAUGAUAUUAAAAACACUGAUACAAAAAAAAAAAGGAUCUUCAGUGGCAAUGCAGUGGGACUACCAAGACAAUGUAAUACUCUAUAGUAAGGGGAAAUGGUUUAAGAGCUACUACAUUAAAAUAGUGUUGUAGCGUUUUUGUCACGUUUAUGAAGCAGGACUCAGGGAGACUGGAAUUCUAAACAGAAUUCAGCAGCUGGAAAUGACACCACCAAAACAAACCCUUAUUUACCCUCUAUUGCUAUCUUUCUCGCUUUUGCUCAAGUCGCUUCUCGCUGUCACUCUAUCCCACUCUCCACCCCCCCCCCCCCCCCC